AUGUUAAGGGUUCUGCCGGUAAGUAAAACAGUGAUUGUGGGUACUGUUGGAAGGAUAACCUCGAGACAACGAGGAUUUUUUUCUUCCAUAGCUCCUAUCAAAUAUAACAAAUCGAAUAAGAAACCCAAUAGUAUCAAUGUGGAAGAUAAAUUGAAAAAAGGAGUACGCUUUUGGGAAACAGUUACAUUAGAUGAUAAAUGUAUUGAGAACAAGAUAUUGAUCAAACUUGACUCGAAACCAAUUAAAACACCAUCAGGAUUCGAUCUAAGUGUUGAUAAGAAUCGCCCCUUGUUGGCAUAUUUACUACGGCAAGAAUGGGCAACAUUACCUACCGUUUCAAUGAAAAACACUGAUCAUUUACCCUUAACUUCUUUAGUUUUCCGUUGUAUUGAUUUGGAGACAGCCGUUGCAAAAGGUGAUAAAGAUUUGAUUACCAAAAUUAAUGCUGAUCGAUCUUUAAUUAAUGAACAAUUAUUACGAUAUUUGGAUACUGAUACCUUAUUGGUAUUUUCACCAAGAAAUGAAUUUGAAGGCGCUUUAAGAUCCAAGCAGGAUGAGUUAUAUUUACCGAUAAUCGCAAAAAUUGAACGUUUUUUAAAUGGAUUCAAAUCGUCUGCAAAGAGUUGUGAUAUCAAACUAAGGACAUUAGAUGGCGAAACUGAUGGGAUACGUGGGAAUAAACAAAACCAAGAUACUAAAAAUGCAGCGAUUAAUUAUAUGAAGUCUUUAUCUAUGUGGGAUUUAGCCAUUUUUGAAAGGGUUGUAUUAAUAACGAAAUCAUUUAUCUGUGGGAUACUCUUAUUACAAAAUAAAUCACCAUUAAUUACAGCACCUUCAUCCUUGAGAGAUGACUUACAGAUAAGUACUGAAGAUAUUGCCCAUUUAGCCACUUUAGAAAUUUUCCACCAAACAGAAAGAUGGGGUGAAGUUGAAGAUACGCAUGAUGUAAAUAAACGUGAUAUUAGAAGAAAUAUAAAUGCAGCUGCUAUAGUAGCAUAUAAAUAG